UUCUUGGGGGCACCAAGCCAACAGGUAUGUGGGGAGAGUCUAUUGGUACAAGCACAGUGUGUAAUGCCCAGGUGAGUCUCCUCCUACUACAGACAGACUGCCUCUGACCAACCAUCCUGCAACAGCUUUGCCUUUAGUUACCAGGUCAGCGGGCAUUGCAGGGGCAGCAUUUAUAUGGUUGUAAGAGUGGCGCUAAAUCAGGUACUGGCAUUGCAGCUUCAAGGGAGAUAUUGGGAUAGUUGGGUGGCACUAAGAAUAGUACUGGCAAUCUAGCGUUGCACUGAGGUUUGUACAGGAGCAGUGGUGGCACUGAAGGGGUACUGGGCAUUCAAGGUUUCACAGAGGUUUGUACUACAGUGGGGGUAUUGGGAAUCCAGGAUGGUACAGUAAUUGGUACUUAAGUGGUGAUGGUACUGAGGGGGUACUGGGAAUCCAGGGUGACAGGUGUGUUGGGGAGUGCUUGAUAAAGAGUGGAGUGCCACUCGAAAUGUUGCACAAUGUUGCUGUACUGCCGUGCAAAUAUUUGCAAACAUUAAAGGUGGUUUUAUUGAAAAAUCUUGGAGUGCUGUUAAUGGAUAUAUACUACUGUGAAAGGAGCCGUUGUGAACAGGCUUGUGAACGUGCAUCCUCAAAGAAAUUUGGGCCGAGAGAGUAAGUGCAGUUUAAUUGGUUUGCUUGUGUUGGGGAGGGACACAGUUGAGCAGUGGGUGGCAGCUGACUGCAGGUGAGUGAGUGCUUCUCCCUUCUGGCUCCUGCCAAAUAAAGCCCUGGGGUGGAGCCGGGUUAAUAGCUGCUUUGGGUCUGUCAGGUAAGUGCCUGCUUUGCAUGCUGCUGAUUUUGGGGUGAAAUCGGGGUAUUUUUUUUUCUGUCUGGGUUUGGUUUGUUUUUGUUGUUUUUUUUUUCUUUUUCCUCUUUUUCUUUUUAAGUUAAUUUUUCUCCCCCUGCUGUUUCCUUCCUCCCAUCUGCACCUUUCCUUUCUUCUUAUUGCCCCUGAUCUCUGUCUCUCCACCACUUUCCUCUUAUUCUGGUGGUGUCUCUCUCUUGCUGCUGUGUCUUGCCCCACUUAUUCUUCUCUCUCGAAACCUUCUAUUCCUGACAUUGCACUCAACUUCCUGCUACCUCCCAUCUCUUCUUGUCUUCUUAUUGCUUGUCUGCUUACUUUACAACUGUACUUCCUGCACUUGCCCCACCUCUCCCUAUCUCUUUCCUUCUUGUCUGCUUAUCUUCCAACUGUACUUCCUGCACUUGCCCCACCUCUCCCUAUCUCUUUCCUUCUUGUCUGCUUAUCUUCCAACUGUACUUCCUGCACUUGCCCCACCUCUCCCUAUCUCUUUCCUUCUUGUCUGCUUAUCUUCAAACUGUACUUCCUGCACUUGCCCCACCUCUCCCUAUCUCCUUCCUUCUUGUCUGCUUAUCUUCCAACUGUACUUCCUACACUUGCCCCACCUCUCCCUAUCUCUUUACUUCUUGUCUGAAUACCUUGCAACUGUACUUCCUGGACUUCUACCACCUCUCCCUAUCUCUUUACUUCUUGUCUGAAAACCUCCCAACUGUACUUCCUGUACUUGCCCCACCUCUUCCUAUCACUUUCCUUCUUGUCUGCUUGCCUACCCAUUGUACCUAUUGUGUUUUUACCUUUCUUGUCUGCUUACUUUCUAUUUCCUUUGCUUCUUCCACCACUUCCUAAUCUUUACUUCUUGACUGCUUACCUUCCCUGCUUUACCUCCUGUGCUUGUCCCUCCUUUUCCUGUCUCUUCAUCCCAUCUGUUUAUGUUUAUUACUUAUCCCAACGCUUCCUGUCUCUUUAUCACACAUUUAUUUGCCUUCCCACUAAACUUCAUGCUAUUUCCUUGUUCCUCUUGCCUACCUUCUUACCUAUCUGCCCCUGGCUGUAACUCUAUGCUCCUAUUCCUAUUUUCCCCUAUUCCCAAACUAACGCUUAUUCCUCUUCCUGCUCCUGAUUGACCUGCUUCCUGCCAUUGUGCUGCCUCUUCAUGCUGUGAAUGUGCGGCUCUUGCCUCACCCUAUUGCUUUUGGUCUGACCCGUCUCAAUCUUAUAUAUGGCUCCCAUUUCCCUCAACUACCUGGGCCUUUCUUGUUGUGUUUGUUCCAUCCAUCCUUUCCAUCCAACUCGUUUCCUGUUCCCCUCUCCUUCUGGCUCUUGUCCUGGCUCCUGCCCACUCUUGUACUGCCCCUCAGAGCCCAUCGUCAGAAAUGGGAGAAGCCUCUCGUCCCACAGCAUGCAAUCCUUCCUGCACCACUACACAGCCAGCUCCUUUCAAAAGCCGCCCAUCCCGCGGCCUCACAGCGCCGUCUGCCGCAGCCUCAGCUCAUACCUGAAUCGGACCAGCAGACUAGAGAUUGUGCACGAAGAUUUAAAGAUGGGCUCUGACGGAGAGAGCGACCAAGCAUCCGGCUCCUCGGACGAGGUUCAGUCCCCAGUGCGAGUACGAAUGAGGAACAACGCUGCUCGAAAAAUAUCAACAGAGGACAUCAACAAGCGUCUGUCCCUUCCCGCUGAUAUCCGUCUUCCUGAGGGUUACCUGGAGAAGCUGGCAUUGAGUAGUCCUCCUUUCGACAAACCCCUGAGCAGGCGGCUGCGGCGAGUCUCCCUGUCAGAAAUCGGGUUUGGGAAGCUGGAGACGUAUAUCAAGCUGGACAAACUGGGAGAGGGCACCUAUGCCACAGUGUACAAAGGACGCAGCAAGCUGACCGAGAACAUGGUGGCCCUGAAGGAAAUUCGAUUGGAACAUGAGGAGGGGGCACCGUGCACAGCUAUUAGGGAAGUUUCUCUUCUGAAGGACUUGAAACAUGCAAACAUUGUUACCCUGCACGAUAUCAUACACACCGAAAGGACCCUGACGCUUGUCUUUGAGUAUCUGGAUAAAGAUCUGAAGCAGUAUUUGGAUGACUGUGGGAACCUUAUCAACCUCCAUAAUGUAAAGCUGUUCCUCUACCAACUCCUUCGGGGUCUGUAUUAUUGCCAUCGACGUAAGGUUCUGCACAGGGAUCUAAAACCUCAGAACCUGCUGAUCAAUGAGAAAGGGGAACUCAAGCUGGCAGACUUUGGACUGGCUCGCGCAAAGUCCAUUCCCACCAAGACAUAUUCUAAUGAAGUGGUGACACUCUGGUACAGACCCCCAGAUAUACUGCUUGGAUCCACGGAAUACUCCACCCAGAUUGAUAUGUGGGGUGUUGGCUGCAUCUUCUACGAGAUGGUCACAGGGCGACCCCUUUUCCCUGGAUCCACUGUGGAGGAACAACUACACUUUAUAUUCCGAAUUCUAGGAACUCCCACUGAGGAAACCUGGCCUGGCAUUCUGUCUAAUGAAGAAUUUAAAUCAUAUAAUUAUCCCAAAUAUUACCCGGAUCCCAUCCAAAAACACGCUGCAAGGCUGGACUCUGAUGGGGCUAAUCUACUGUCAAAACUACUGCAGUUAGAAGGGAGGAAACGGAUCUUGGCAGAAGAAGCAAUGAGACACUUGUACUUCCAGGAACUGGGGGAGAGGAUCCACAAACUACCGGACACCACUUCCAUCUUUGCACUUAAGGAGAUCAGCCUGGAGCCAGAGAUGAAACACAGGCCGGUACCUGAGCCGGUUCACAUCCAGUCACGUAGGCUCAGCCUUGUCCUCGGGUGAAGUCCUUGGGCUCGGUCUCCAUUUAGAAGACUAUAAUCCAGAUGGCUGGAAGAAGAGAAGUGAUGCCAGGCAGAGCCUCACCAGACUGCUAUGUGUGCCCACAGCUGAUGGACAAGUGAAUAAGGAUAUUAGGCAGUGCCAGCAUGUGGCAUCUACACUACCCAUAUUAUCUCUCCCAAUGCCAUGUUAUCACAGUGCGACACUAUGCGCUGUACUGCUGCUGUCCCAAACCAGGGACUCCCGCCUCCUUUCCCAGCUCUCCAUUGUGUGCUCGUCCUCUGCCUUUGCAUUGAGGCCCAAGAGUCAUUAAUGGCUCAGUGUCCUUUAUUACAUCUGUGACCAGUCCCUUGUGUAGCCAUGAGACAUGGACACCCUUAUCAGGGGAAAGCCAAUAACCCAAACCCUCAGCAUUACAUUGGAAGCAGCUGGUUGUCAGCUUUCUGAUAAUGGUGGAAGUGUGGGGGCGAAGGAUGUUAUUUUCUGCCACUGGGUGACAUGGGUGCAGGAGUUUUCUCCAAGCAAGUUAUUUUCUCAGGACUAAAGAAGCCGGACUGUACCGGAGGCCGAGAGUGCAGUAUUAUAGGUGGGUGGGUGUCAGUUACCCUUAUAUACAGUAUGGAGUUAGCUGCUGUGCGGGGCAUUAGGGCACAUGCAUAUGUACAAGAAAGACCAAUGGGUCUAUGGUAGAAGAACAAUGCGGAUUAAUGGGGUGGGGUGAUGUGAACUGUAGGUUUGCCGCAGUUGCUCCGGCCCAUUGAGGCCACCCUUCUUCCCUGUAAUUUAUGAUUCAUUUAAUAUUAUCACCCAGGAGAGGAGGCAAGAGGCCCAACAUCCUCCUGCUGCUGCAUAUCAACUGUAUGAACAAAUAAAAACCUUGAAAAGC